GCUCUCUCAGGUACCUUCUGCUGAGCUUGAGCAGGGCCCGGUUCUAUAAACUCUGCCCAGCCUAAGCACAUUCUCGUCCUCUCUAAGGCAAUGCAGAGACCGCCACUCUCUCCCGGCAAUGUCUAAACUCAGAGGGGUGUGUUUUACAGCUCUUGGGCAUGCCUUAUGACUCCGGCUGUGACCCGCAGAAGGACGCCAGAGGAAAGCUACCCAAGUCAUUCACGACUCCCUGGUCAGAGCUCGCCAUGACGAGGACUUGUACCUGCAUAUACCACUUCCUUGUUUUGAGCUGGUAUAUUUUUCUCAAUUAUUACAUCUCACAAAAAGGAGGAAGAGACCAGCAGAAAUCCAAAAUCUUUCUCAAUGGCGGACAGUGGAAGCAUUUGACAUUCCUAAAUCUGCUCUUGCAGGCCAUUUUCUACGGGGUCGCCUGCAUGGAAGAUGUGCUAAAAAGAAUUAAGGGGGAAAAAGACAUUAAGUUCAUGACCGCCUUCAGAGACCUGCUUUUUACCACGCUAACUUUCCCGAUUUCCACAUUUGUGUUUUUGUCAUUCUGGAUCCUCUUUCUCUAUGAUCGAGAGCUCGUUUACCCUAAGGCCCUAGAUGGUAUCUUUCCAGUAUGGUUGAAUCAUGCAAUGCACACAUCCAUAUUACCCUUCACACUGGCUGAAGUCAUCCUCAGGCCGCAUUGCUAUCCACAGAGGAAGAAAGGUCUCACCUUGUUGGCUCUUGCUAGCCUUGCAUACAUCAGCAGGGUCCUAUGGAUCUACUCUGAGACGGGUACGUGGGUGUAUCCUGUGUUUGCCAAACUCAGCCCGGUGGGUCUAACAGCCUUCUUCUCUCUCAGCUACAUCUUUAAUGCCAGCAUCUAUCUACUUGGAGAGAAGCUCAACCACUGGAAAUGGGGUGACACGAUGCAGCCAAGGAAAAAGAGGAAGUGAUUGCAGGCUGUUUUCCAAGAACAAAGGAGGAAGAAAACAUGAGAGUUUUUUUUUUCUUUUCUUUUCUUUUUUUUUUUUUUUGUUUUCUGGUUGGGGAGGUGGUGGAGUAAUAUAGGAGGUAGAAAGGACAGGGAAUGAUAUCUAAAUUUAUUGAGACGUUUUGUGAAGGUAGCUUAAUUUGGGGACUCUUCGGUUUUUUGCAAGGUUUACUGGACAUGCCAAAAACAACCGUUGUCUCAGAAUCUGUUACCUUCCUCUGGCCUCUGUGGUCAAAAUCUGGCCAAAGGCCAAGGAAACUCACAUAACUCGGCUUUAGAGAAUGUUUAGAGAGAAAGGGAUUUGGGAUCACCGAAACUCUUCACCUUACAGAGGAGGGUGUUGAGGACCUAGCUGAGAAGUAAUCUGCACGAGGGCCAAAGAGCUAGUGUCACAACCAAGAUAAUAGCUUUUGUCCCCCAGAUCUUCUAACUCCCAGUCCUGUGCCAUUUUGAAUGACCCUAAGUUUCCUAAAAAUAAGCAUUUUUGUCAACUAGCUAUUUUCAUGGACUGCUCAUUGAUUUUGUUUUCCUCAGUCUAGAUAGAGAUGUAGGGAGAUGGGUGCUACCAAAGUCAUCUGUCCACCUGAUAAGAGAGCAAAUUAAUUGGGGCAAUGAGAAAGUAAGUUAUAAAAAAUAUGGGGAAAUUUGCCCCUCUUGUGAGCAAGCAUUCGGGGCAGGUCCAAAUAUGGGACUUCGCAACAUCGUCAUCAAAAUCUCUUCCAUUCGAAUAUUGCUUCAUUCAUCCAAUAAAUGUACAUCUUACUUGGGGAGUAAGUGAUGGGAUGUGACAUGGCCAUGAGGACCCCCAAGAAUGCUUUGGCACAAAUCACUUUGCUGAGUUAGCUUAUGGUUUAACAAAGCUGAUGGCUAGCUGAUUAACAAGCACAUUCAUGAACCCAGCUUUGAUCUUCCUAGUGAGUUUUUCUGGGUCUUUAUUUACAGGCACAUUUUGUAAAGAACACAGAUGAUAAGGGUCUACUAGUGGGUAAGCAUGGAGUCUUGCGGUGCUUCAUCAGGUCCAUAUGGGCUGGGUGUGGAGAGCAGAGUAAAUUGUACUUGGGUUUCCCAACCUAGCACCAUUCAGGAGAAAUCUGGUAAAAAUGGGUACAUUUUGGUGAAAAUUAUUCCUAGAACCACAUCAAAACUUGAUGGCUCUAUGACUGGCUACUGAUCUAUUCCAAGAUCAGAAAACCUCAGAAAUACCAAAAAUGGUCUUGAGUUAGAGAAGAGGGCAAACUGCCACAACAGGGCAGGCAGCCCCGAGAAGCCUAGGACAGGCACCAAGAAACCUGCUGUCUUCCUAAUCCUUUAUCUACUAAUAUAUAAUUAUGAGCCACAAGUCUUUUUUGGAUUGAACUGGGAACACUAUACCUGCUGCUGCCUGAGUGCUUGGAGCACCUGGUCUCAGCAGAAGCCCAGAAGCAGUUGUCACAAUGGAAAUUCCCCAAAUGCGAAGCCCACAGGGGAUCACCUAAAUUUUCCACACCCCAAAGAUGACUGGGGCUGCACACUUCUCAGAGUGAUAGUAAGCUCUUGGCUGGGAUGAGCCUGCUGAAUUCUUCACUGUCCCUGGAACCAAAUUAAACCUUGAGUUCUGUAUAACUGACCAUCAUGCAGGAUCCAUUCCAAUGCCAGAAAUACCUGAGAACCACCGCCCAUUGAGCAAAUAUACAGGAGCACCUCCUUGCUGCAGGGGGCUGCUGGAGCUUAAGAAAGGAGAAGCAGCAAAACACCUGCAACGAACACGAAAUACACUAAAUAAACAUUUGUUAAGAGGUCAGUAGGAUUUGCUGCCUACAGAAGGCUAGGUCCUUAGGGGUUAGAAGACAAUACCAACCACAUGGGGAGAGAGUCAGCAAUAAUAUUUGUGUAGGGUCAUGUAAUUGACAAACUCACUCACCCCCAUGAUCUCGUUUUAUCCUCAUGAGAAUCUUUUAAGGAGAAAAUGUAUCCGUCCUCAUUUUCCAAAUGAAGAAACUGCGUUUCUGAUAUUGGUGUGCCAGUAAAUGUUUAAAAACCAACUCUCUAGAAAAAGGAAAAUUGUAAGGCCCUAAUUUAUAGUGAUUGCCCAUUGCAUGGUGGGAACACUCCACUACAACCUUUUUCAAGCUACCAAGAGGCCACUGAAGGCAGAGCUGGGAAGAGAUAUGCAUAACUAUUUGGUCCUUGAAAGGACCAUAGGAGUUGGCUCUGGUAUGCCACUGGUCCAAGGUCACACGCGUGGUCAAUUCCUGAGGCCAUCUUCCUCUCUUUUUUUUUUUAACUUUUUUUUUUUUUAAGAUUUUAUUUAAUUAUUUGACAGAGAGAGACACAGCCAGAGA